AUGUUCUACAAAGUCUUCAAAGAAAGGUUUUUCCCUACAUGCUCGGUUCUUGAAAGUGGGGUAAAAUCCAAUGGGUCAUACACUUGGCAAAGCAUUCUCAAGGCAAGGGAGGUGGUCAAGCAAAGAGCAUAUUGGCGGAUUGGGGAUGGUGCUUCAGUGCAGAUUAGGGGCGAUAAGUGGCUGCCUGAUAUGUCAACAAAACAUGUCAUCUCUCCCCAAAAAAACCGCCCUAUGAAUGCAAAGAUUCUGGGCAUCCCACUAAGCUCAAAUCAGGUCCCUGACCUUCUCAUUUGGGCUGGCACCAAAUCAGGGAAAUACACGACCAAGAGUGCGUACAAAAUGCUGAUGUCUAAGCCGGAUUUGUCCACUCCUAGCCCAUCUGAUACUUCGGCCCAAACAAGUUGUUGGAGAAGAAUUUGGUCCCUGAGUGUUCCAAAUAAAAUCAAGCACUUCCUAUGGAGAGCUUGUCGUGAUUCACUCCCCACCAAAAAGAAUUUGCUAGCCAGGAAUGUCACAAGGAAUGCAUUAUACGAAUGGUGCAAUAAGGAAGUUGAGGACUUUGUUCAUGCCUUGUGGGGCUACCAAGUACUCAAGGAGGUCUGGUGGGAAGAAGAAAUCCUCAGAAAUCACCUCUCCAUGCGCUUCGUGGACUUCAGAGAUCUGUGGAUUGGUAUCACAAAUUUAGAGGAACCAAACCUGGCUGAACGGUUUGCCUUUGUCGCCUGGAGUAUAUGGAACAAAAGAAAUGCCUCAAGAAUGCAUGCAUCUUCCCUUCCGUUUCAUCUGUUGUACCAGGACAUGCGAGAGAGAUUACUCGAAUAUCGAUUAGCUCAACAGCCUCCCAUACCUGAGUUUAGGCCCGCGAGAGUUGGAGUAAUAGUUAAAGACGUAGAUGGAAGGGUGUGUGGUGCUCUCUCAGACAAAACGGUACUACCCGGAACAGUGGAGGAGGUUGAGGCCAUCGCAUGUAGAGAAGCCGUAAGGUUCGCUCUUCAGCUUGGUCUUGCAGAUGUGGUUUUUGAAAGGGACUUUGAAUCUAUCACAAAUGCUAUCAACUCGGGCACUCCUUACUACAGCUCUUUUGGUCAUAUUCUAGAUGAUGUUAAAGCUUUGGCUUUGAACUUUGUAUCAGCUACCUUUAUUCAUGUAAAGAGACAAAGGAAUGCCGUAGCAGUUAAACUGGCUAAGGCUGCUAAAAAUAUACCUUGUCCCUAUGUUUGGUCAAAUGACAUCCCAAGUGAUGUGCAACAGCUUGUUAUUCAUGACAGUAUUCAUUGA